AUGAGGCUAGAAUACCGGAAAUUCUACAGACUUGCUUCAAAAGUUCCUUCAGUUCCUGGCCAACUUCCAAUAUUGGGAUUAGCUAACAGAGUAUUUCUGGCUUCAGGAGAAGAUAUUUUCAAAUUGAUGCGUGAAAUCUUCAGCCCUAUUGGACAAUCGCCACGUAAAGCAUGGCUUACACCAGCACAGUUACUAAUUGUAGUUGACGAUAUUGAGCAGCUUAAGAAAGUUUACACAAUACCAAGUUGCGUCAAUCGACCGAACCUUUAUUCAGCAUUUAUGGCACCAACAGGGCUUUUAUCGUCCAAUGGAAAUUUGUGGAAAAAUCAUCGAAAGCUGCUCAACCCAGCAUUCAAUGCCGGUGUAUUAAAAAGUUUUCUUCCAAUUCUAAACAAGAAAACUCAAAUAUUAAUAAAAGUUUUGGAUGAAUAUUCAAAUGGAAAUGAAUUCGACAUAAGUACAUUCAUGGCUUCGUUUUCUAUGGAUAAUAUACUCUCAACAUCAUUAGGAUUUCAUGGCGAUUCUCAAACUGACAAGCAAAGCAAGUUGCUUCAAAACUUUUUAGGUGGAAUGUUUGUUAUAACAAAAAAGAUUACAAACUUCUGGUUACAGUACAAACCAAUCAUCAUGUUAACGAAGUAUUAUGAAUUGGAGAAACAACACAUUACUAAUGGAAUUCAUAAAUUUGUAAAAGAUUUUGUUGAUGAAAAGGAAAAGACAUUCGACAUUAGUGACAUCUCCGAUAAGCCUCAAAUAUUCAUCGACCAACUUUUUAAAAAACGAAGUGAAUUCAACCGUAAUGAGAUUGAAGAUGAAAUUGGAACCAUAGUCGGAACUGGAUAUGAAACAUCAGCAUAUUCAUUAUCUUUGGGCGUUGUUCUUCUUGCUUUGCACCCAAAAAUUCAAGAGAAGCUUUAUGAUGAAUUAAAAAAUGUUUUUCGGUCUGCAAAUGAAGAAGUAAGCGAAGACAAUCUUCCACAAUUAACUUAUCUAGACUUGGUUGUGAAGGAAAUUUUAAGAUAUUGGCCACCAGUGUCAGUUAUUGUGAGAUACACAUCGGAUGAAGUCGAAAUUGGUGAUUAUUUGAUUCCCAAGGAAACAAAUAUUAUAAUACCAAUUUACGAGAUUCAUAGAAACAAAAAGUUUUGGGGUGACGAUGCUGAUGAAUUCAAACCAGAAAGAUUUGAAGGUGAAAAGUUUAAAAACGUUCCAGCUUAUGCUUACAUGCCAUUUGCCCUUGGCCCAAGGAACUGCAUUGGAUUGAAUUAUGCCACAAGAAUGAUCAAAACAACUUUGGCUUACUUUUUCAGACACUUCCGUGUCGAAACUGACAUGAAACUUGAAGACAUCUCUCUCGAGUUUGUUGUUGUUACUAAAAUUGUUGAAGGAUUCAAAGUAAAAUUAACGAGAAGAAAUUUCGAUGGUGAUUCUUAGUUAGAAGAUGUUAAUUAGCUUUUUGUCUGACUUUGAAGGUUUGACCUUCUUUUACAUUUCCAUAUUUAUUUAUAACUAAAAAAAUUUAUUGUUGAGUCUCAUAAAUUACACAAGUCUCGAUCAUUCAUUUUAUUGUGAAUCAAUUAAUCAUCAACAAUUUUUAAAAGAAUGUAAUUUAAUUCUUAUGAGUUUUAGUAAUAUUUGGUAUUGUAAUAGAAAGAAAAGCACUUGUAGUAAGAAGAAUUGCUGGCAUUAAGAAAAUAUAUUUACAAUAAUUUGCUAUUAAUAAUCCUACGAUGUUUGAUCCCACGACGGCUCCUAAACGUCCAAUCAUGAGUGAAAUACAAACAGCCAUAGCUCUUAACUUCGUUGGAUAAAGUUCAAUUGUUGAAGCAUUCACGACUGAUAUUGCAAUUCCAUCUGCUA